GCAGCGGAGCACAACCUCGAUACUGAUGGCGCCCGUGGUUGUACCUAGCUGGAAAUCGAUGUCUGUGGAGAUCGUGGCUCUUGAAGAGGUACCCAAGGUAGAUGGGAAUUGGCGAUGGAAUGCGUUUUGGAUCAGUUGUCGCAGCCUGUCGUGCCUCACAUAUGGUUCUGUAGGUUAAUACGAGCUUGUUCUCUCAUCCCAUUCGCCAUGAGGCAGUCACAACCUAGGUGGAAGCCGAUGGGUAGUUCAAGGUUAUUAUCCCCGCACCUGCAACUUUUUAACUACUUCCAACGGCCACUUCUUAAACAACAACAUGCAAGAUGGAUUCUGUUUGGACUGCGCGUCUGGUCGGCAGCCGGUCACAUAUUCAUCCCUGCGGUUUUCAUGUGACUGAGCUGUUCUUCGAGGUCCCGUUGAACUAUGCUCGCCCGGGAGACGGAACCAUUCGGCUCUUUGCCCGCAGCAUAAGCCGGCCAGAGAAGACUAUUCCAGGACUCUCCAAACCGGUGGAUGAGCCCAUGAAGCCGUAUCUGGUCUACCUUGAAGGUGGCCCAGGCUUUGGUGGCCCUGAGCCCCGAAGCCAUCCCGUUUCCAACCGUGCCUUGGACGCCGGAUACACGGUGCUUUAUGUCGACUACCGGGGGACCGGAAUGAGCAACCCCAUCCACACAGACCUCGUCCUCAAACAGGGGGACGUUAACCAGCAGGUCGAGUACCUGAAGCUCUUCCGCGCCAACAGCAUUGUGCGAGACCUCGAAGCGAUCCGGCUUUGUCUGACCGAGUCCUGGAAGCCAGAGUAUCAAACAUGGUCCAUUUUUGGGCAGUCAUUCGGCGGCUUCGUCUGUCUGUCAUACUUGUCCAAGUACCCCCAAGGCCUUAGAGAGGUUUUCAUGACCGGCGGUCUGGCCCCUGUCAAGCGCCAACCUCUAGAAGUGUAUUCCGCCCUCUAUAGAAAGGUCAUCCAGCGAAACGAAGCCUACUACAGCAAAUAUCCUGAAGACGAGGCGAACGUCGCCCGAAUCGCAUCAUACCUGACCACGAACGAAGCCGAUAUCCACCUUCCCGGAGGUGGUACUUUUACAGUCCACCGUCUCCUCGGUCUCGGCAUGGCCUUUGGUGGCCACGGAGGUCUAGAUACUGUACACAAUCUAGUAGUCAAGCUCAUUUCCGACCUGGAUCAGUUCAACUACUUUACCACUCCGACACUGAUGGCACUUGAGCGUGAGGUCCCUUUUGACAGCAACCCUGUCUACGCCAUUCUACACGAGAGCAUCUACUGCUCCAGGGGCGUAGCGUCCAACUGGGCGGCCCUGAAUGCAGCUCGCAAGUUUGAAAACUUCUUCUUUUGGACGCAAUCUGAUCAUAGCCAGUUGUCUCUGCCAGUGGAUGGAAUGGUCAGAGUUUACUUCUCGGGCGAGAUGGUUUUCCCUCAAUUCUUUGACACGUAUCCCACCUUGAGGCCGCUCAAGCCCGCGGCGGAAGCGUUGGCGAGAUAUUCUCAGUGGGAGGAAGAUCUGUACAAUGAAGAGCAGCUGCGCCGUAACGAAGUACCUGUGUACGCCGUGAGCUUUAUUGACGACAUGUACGUUGACAUCGGGGCAGCGAGGGAGACGGCCGCGUUGGUCAAGGGGAUCAAGGUCCACGAGACGAACCAGCUUCAUCACAAUGCCAUCCGGGCAAAAGGGGACGAGGUGCUAGGGAUGCUGUUUAAGUUGCGGGAUGAUACCCUGGAUUAG